ACCUGAGCUGCAGGCCUUGGCCUCGGUGAAAUCCCCAUAUUGCCCCUCUCUCUCUCUACAAUUCAGAUGUGGAUAUUUCUCUUCAACUUUAUAUGACCCUUUUUUUCACAUUCAAACUGAAUCUCUCUUUCACUUCAGAGGAAACUCGUGCAUGUUCCAACCUUUUGUGUUUUUGGAGGGUUGUUGAAGAAAAAGGCAUGGAACAGAUGUUUUUCUGUUAGAAUUAAGGUUGUUUUAUUUGGAUAGUGUCACAAAAUUUCAGUUUCAGAAAUUGGUUAGGAAACAAGUGAAUAUUUGAUGUUCCAAUAACAAAAUGGGGAAGAGAAGGUCUCUGUUUUCAGCAGUGAAGAAAGCAAUCACUUGUCAAUCCAAACAAAAACAAGAAAAGAGGACUAGGAAAGGAAGAGGAUGUUUCAGGAGGCAACAGAGCGUGAAUAUGGAGGCUGUCGGUGCGGAGAAGGCCAUUGUCCUUCGAGAAACUCCACCUCCAGCGCAGGAGGUGAAGUUGCACGAAGCGGAGAGCGAACAGAAUAGGCACGCCUAUUCGGUUGCUCUCGUGACCGCCAUGGCUGCUGAGGCGGCCGUUGCAGCAGCCAACGCUGCUGCAGAGGUCGUCCGCCUCAGAGCUGCAGCGCAUGGCUCGGGCAGGACGAAGGAAGAGAUGGCCUCCGUCAAGAUUCAGGCAGCUUUCCGAGGAUAUAUGGCAAGGAGAGUUUUGAGGGCUCUGAGAGGCCUAAUGAGGCUGAAAACCGUGGUGGGAGGGAAGUCGGUCGAGAGGCAGGCGGCCGCGAGCUUGAAGUGUAUGCAGACGAUGGCUCGUCUGCAGUCUGAGAUUCGUGCAAGGCGAACCCUGUUGUUGGAGGAGAAUCCGUCCGUUCACAGGCAGAACGGGUGGAUUCAUGACGAUGAUCUCGACAAGUCGAGAGGAUUUAAAGGGGAAAAUUGGGAUCAAAGUUGCCGAUCUAAAGAGCAGAUUGAGGCAGAUAUAAAUUAUAAGCAAGAAGCUGCUAGGAGGAGAGAGAGAGCCUUAGCUUAUGCAUAUUCACAUCAGACUCUUAAAAAUCUCUCGGAUUCCACAAACCAAGCGUUCGUGGAUCCGAUCAAUCCCGGGUGGGGAUGGAGCUGGUUGGAGAGGUGGAUGGCCGCGCGGCCGUGGGAGAAGGGCGACGUGGCCGAGUACGAAGCCGCGGCAAAGGCAGCCUCGGGCCGCGCCGUUGCUAUUCGUGGAGACACGAAGGUCCAGUCUCCGACUGCCCAGGGAGGCCGGCGGCCUCCCGGCAGGCAGUCACCCUCGACUCCCAAGUCGAGGGCCGGAGGGAGGAUUAGGCCUGCGAGCCCGAGGGGGGUUCUUGUCACGGAUGAUGACUCGAGGAGCCUGAAUAGCACCCAGUCCGAGCAAUGCCGGAGGCGGAGUAGCUAUGCGGGCUCGUCGUUGAGAGACGAUGAGAGCCUUGCUAGCUCGCCUGCGGUUCCGGGCUACAUGGCCUACACGGAGUCCGCACGGGCUAGGUCACGGUUGCCUAGCCCGCAGGGGUCGGAGACAGCCGGUUCUGCAAAGAAACGACUGUCUUUCUCCGGUUCCCCUGCCCGACCGAGGAGGCAUUCGACUCCCACGAGGUCGGGUGCUAGCCCUUAAACGGCCCGGCACGACUGGGAACACAUAAUUUGUUUGGUGUUUUUGUAUUCCUUUGUUUGUGUGUGCAAGUGUUGUUAACAACUAACUCAAAACUUUGUGUUUAUUUGUGAAUUGAUUCGUGUUGAUUUAUAAGUGUUGUUUCCUUUUGUAGUAUGAGUAGAAUUCCACUAAUUAAUGAUGCGUGAUUGUGAGGUAUCGAAUGAACUAUAUAUUUUUCUUUA